ACCUCAUAUCACUACAUUCCUACCAACGAUUCUGUUAGUCGAAUAUUUGUGUAAAUAAAACUGAAACUUACGUUUGUUUUCCUGUAAAUAAAAGUGAAACUUACGUUUGCUUUCCUUUUUUACGUUAUGGUGUUAAAGCAGGACAAACAAUGGUGAUUGGAGCCUUAUAACGAUGGUUCUUCGAAUCGUGUGCUGUUACCGCGGCGUUUUAUUUAAUCUGUGAAUUUUGCUGGAUAUUUCAAUGUCAAAAGAAAUCAGUGCGCGUUAGCAUGGCGAGCGGGCGAGUGCGUCACGUCGCGAUGACGUGACGAUGUCGCGACGAAGGCGGCCCCUCGCGUCUCGCGUCCGCGGCCUCGUACGUCAGCUGCUGGCGUUUUUGUUUAGCAACGUAGGCAUCACUGUUCUGGUCGUCGGCUACACUAUCGCUGGUGCUUUCAUGUUCCAAGCGAUAGAAGGUGCGAGCGAGAUGGAGCGAGUGAAUCACAUGGCGUUAGAAAGAAACAACACAGCGCAUUAUCUGUGGCAAAAUGUCACUUUGACAUUAAACCUUUUCAAUGAAACUGCUCUUAAAGACAGAAUCAGCUCGGAGCUGAAGCAGUACCAAGUGAAGGUGGUGCUGGCGGUGCGUCGCGGCUGGGACGGCGGCCGGUCAUCGCGCCAGUGGAGUUUCUCCAGUGCCUUUUUGUACUCUCUCACCGUUAUCACUACUAUAGGCUACGGACAUCUGUCUCCGCGGACCAGCUGGGGGAAGGUCACGACGAUCCUGUACACUCUUCUUGGGAUGCCUCUCUUUCUUCUGUACCUUAGUAAUCUUGGAGAGCUAUUGGCUCAGUGGUGCAAAUGUUUGUAUGCCUUGGUGUGCCUGUGUCGGGGAUGUCCAGGGUUCACCCGCCGAAGAGUCGCGAGGCUUAGGAUAGACAAUAAUAUAAGCGAAGCAGAGAGUAUUGAGCGUCCUGAGGGUUGGUCUUCGGAUUCCCCUUCUAACGCCACACCGCAGUACCCAUUACCUCGUGUACCACCUCACUUUCCAAGGAGACCUGAAUAUCUUCGCAGCGUGUCAAUGCCGCAGCCGUACGAGCGGUACCCCAUAGACCGUUACCCCAGGGUCCUAGGCCCCAGGCCACACCCUAGAUAUCCAGUAGAUCCUAGGUACCAUAGACCUUUGGACCCAAGGAAUCUAAGACUAGAAGACUGCUCAAGAUAUGAAAGGAAUAUAAGAAUGCAAUAUUGGACAUCAAACGUAACAAAUUCAAGAUAUCCCGUUGAUAAUAGAAUCCCUUUAGAACCUGGGUUACGAAGCUACAUGGACCCUAGAGGAUGGAUGGAGUCUGACCCAAGGUUCAGACCUGGCCCCGGGAUCAGGGGAUGGUCGGAGCCGUUCCACCGGCGCGCGAGUGCUUCUAUCAGCGAAUUCAGCUAUAUAACCUUUGAUGCUCAAACAAUUACUGUGCCAAUUAGUGUAUGUGUUUUUAUUAUGGUUGGGUACAUAAUGUUCGGCUCAAUGAUAUUUGGACUUUGGGAGAAGUGGGACCAACUGGAUGGAGCAUAUUUUUGCUUCAUAUCACUUAGCAGUAUCGGCUUCGGGGACAUCGUGCCAGGGGAAAGGGUUUACACUCCUCGAGUGGAGACCUCCUUCAUCGUCUGCUCCAUGUACCUCAUGUUGGGCAUGGCUCUCGUUGCUAUGUGCUUCAACCUCAUGCAAGAGCAAGUAAUACAUUACGUCGCAGGACUGAAGCGAGCUGCUAGAAGAAUAUGUCGGUGUAAAAGAUGACUCAAAAAUGGCGUGGAAAUUAACGCAAACAAAGUUGCAGACAUAUAAAGUUAAUAAUAAAGACGCUU